AGAGCUCUACUCUAACUCAAAGGCAAAACGAGGCCUGUCUGGGUGAGCAUCGGGCAGGUUUAUGGCGUACAAAAGGAAGCGUACAAACGUAAACAAAACACGACAUGUACAUACGUAGGCACAUGAGUAAACUAGGUGUGUCUGACUCACUACCUAUGAGACUAUGGUGAUUGAGACGGACGGCAAUCAUACCACACAGGAAUCCACUCAUCUGUGAUCAUGGACUCUCAGGAUGUUAGGAUGGCGUGUUCGCAAUUUGAAGACAUGGAUGGAGGCAAUCCUCCGGAAUUGGUAUUUUCCGAAAUUCGAGCCGAUGAGAGUGAAGAGGAGCUCCAAACUUUGGCUGCGGAAGGUGAAGCCGAAAACGAGAGCACCGAAGAUGAUGGUGACGACGAUGUUUUUGGUCCCAAGCCGAAGAAAUCCGGAUUUGACAAUUUGCCUCUGCCGGGAGACGAGGGAGUUUUCGACAUUCGGUCGACCACCUCAACCACUCCAGAUCCCAUUCCGAAAUCGCUACAUCAGAUUGCCAGAGACAAUGACAUAGAUAACCUCAAAGCUCAAAUCGACACUUUCCGAAAGGAGUUGGAACAUCGGGUCAACGACUUGGAUGAAAAACGUCUAUCUCCCCUUCACUAUGCGGCAAGAUAUUCUCACUAUGAAAUGAUUCAGUUGUUACUUGACCUGAAAGCGGACAUCAACCGUUAUGGCGAUGACGAAACGACACCAUUACAGUAUGCAGCCAGAUAUGCCAAGAAAGCGAGUAAUCAAGCUCUCAGCGCUUUUGACAACCGGAAAGUCUCCGUGAUAUCGACCAGCGGGUCUAGUAGUCCAUUGUUGAGUCGUGAUAAUCCUGAUGGUGAAAAAUUGAACACAACCGAACAAACUGUGAACCUUUUGAUAGAGAAUGGAGCAAACGUGAAUGCCGUUGACAAGUAUAAGUUGACAGCUCUCCAUCAUGCCGCUAUUCGCGGCAAUGAAACCGCCAUUCAAUGUCUACUAGAAGCCAAGGAUAUCGAACGGGAGCCCAGAGAUAUCCAAGACAGCACACCUUUACAUCUGGCCGCCACGUACAACAAUUACAAUGUAGCUCAAUUGCUUUUGAGAAAAAAGGCCAAUCCCCGAAGCUACGACAAAGAUCGGCGUACUCCAUUGCACGAAGCUUGCUUGGAGGGCCACUUCAGCAUCGCUCGAUUGAUUCUGAAUGAGUCGGAAAGAGAGUUUGGGCAAAACUAUGUCUCAAAUAUUAUGCGAGACAAAGACGACGAAGGGUCAACACCUCUCUUGCUUGCUGUUGGGAGUGGUCGGGCAGAAAUUGUGAAAAUGUUGAUGCAAAGGAAUGACAACGUGAACACUCGCAAUAAAAUGCUCGUCUGUCCAGUGCAUUCAGCAGCUCGCACGGGGGACCUUGAAAUCCUGAAAAUCUUAGUAAAGAACAACGCGCAUCUUAAUGUGAGAAAUGCUCUUCAGCAAACUCCCCUUUUCUUGGCCGCAGCCACUAAUAAUCUGGACGUCAUUGACUACUUGGUCGAAAGUGGGGCCAGCAUCAACUUAUGGGAUCAAGAAGGAGUCACGCCAAUGGCGGUUGCUUGCAUUGAAGGCCAUCUUGAGGCUGUGAAGUUGCUUCUAAAUCAUGGGGCGCGGUUAGACAUCUUGGAUAAGGAUGACAAGAGUAUUUUGUACCAUGCCGCGGAGAAAAAUCACCCCGAAAUCAUCCAGCUUAUACUGAAAAAUCAUAGAGGAACGGAGCUCAUGUUUCUGAACGAUCAAUCAGACAAUCUACCUAUCCAUGCCGCUUGUGCCAAGGGGAAUCUGGAUUGCGUUCUUCUUCUUGGCGACCUUGGAGCAGAUAUAGACAACAAAAAUGAGGAUGAGCAGACGCCUCUUCAUUUGGCAGCUAUCAAUGGUCACUUCAAGGUUGUGGAAUUGAUCGUCAAGAAAGACCGAAAUUCGGUCAUGGAUGAAGAUGAGGAUUCAAACACAGCACUUCAUCUCGCUUGCACCAGCAAACGUGCCAAAUGCGUGGAAAUCUUAUUGAACAACGGAGCCGAUGUUCAGAAUCGAAAUGCUAAAAAAUGGACAGCCUUGGAUUGCGCAGCUUCGGUCGGAGCAAUCCAUUGUGCUAAAUUACUUCUUCAGUACGACUCACCAAUUGACCCAAUGGAUCGCAACAAAACCACUCCAUUGCACUUGGCAGCGCAAAAUGGCCAUAAUAAAAUGAUUCUACUGCUCCUAAGAUCUGGAGCUGAUAUCGCAAAAGAGGAUGCUUACGGUAGAAAUAUGCUGGAACUUGCCAUCUUGAGUAGAAAAAGGAAUGUUGUCAAGACGGUAUUGGGCCACAAAGACUGGAGAAAGGCCCUUCGGACAACAUUUACUGUGACAGACCGCCAUGGCACCAAAGUUCCGGACACCCCUUUGCGAAUGCUGAUUCGAGUUUACCCUGAUUUGGCUGAGAUGGUGUUCAAUCAGUGUAUCACAGUGGAAAGGCCCAAGUCGUUGGAAAACAGUCGGUCAACCACUUUGGUGAAAAGUUUGCCGUGGAUUUCCGGGUCCAAUGUCAAAUUUGACUACGAGUUCAUCGAUGAUGCUUUCUACUUAUCCGAAGUGCCUGCUGAUGAGGAAUCGGGUAGAACCAUUUUUAAGUAUAGCUUCGUGGAUGACAAAAAUAAGGUUAAGCGCUUGGAGGAACCUUAUGCAUCUAAUGGAAAGGUCUGGAUGGAUAAUCACCCCCUCAUGAUCAUGGCCCAACAACGGCGAAGAGACCUAUUGCGACAUCCUCUGUGCUUGGCAUUAGUUCGGCACAAAUGGAAAACAUUUGGAAGAUAUAUGUACUAUGGAAAUUUGACCAUCUACUCACUUUUUCUCACAUUUUUAACAAUUUACAUACUUGUGGCCCCAAACCCGGCAGUUUAUGGAUCAACUGAAACUAAGAAUAGGUGCUUCCAAACAGCACUCGCAGCUUCGAGAGAAAAUCCAGAUUGGACCAAGAAAUCUAUCGAAAACAUAUGCCAAUAUGGAAUCAUGACCUUGGUGGGAAUUAACUUAAUCCUUGAAAUCUUGGAAUUUUACCGGGCACGAAGCCGAUAUUUCAGUUGGAAAAACAUGUUCGAUUGGCUUGUCUACGUGAUGGCCUUCCUCUUGGUCUUUGACAUCAAGGCCAACGCUCCAUACACAGGCGAACGAGAGUGUUGGCAGUGGGAAAUGGGAGCCAUCACUGUGGUUCUGGCUUGGCUGAAUCUUUUGGGAGAUGUCAGACAACUACCCUUCCUAGGCAUUUACGUGAUCAUGUUCUUUGACAUCUUACGGACUUUCUUCAAGUUCGCGGUCAUCUUUCUCUUGUUCAUCAUCGCUUUUGGCUUGGGUUUUCAUACUUUGAUUCUAACCACCUCUGAGGGCCCGUUCUCGGAUAUUGGUUAUGCUUUUGUGAAGACUGCGGUCAUGAUGGUGGGUGAAUUUGAGUUCGAUACACUUUUCUUUCCGCCCCCGGAGGAAGGCAACGAGUUGCCGUUUCCAGUCACCACCAUCCUCUUAUUUGUUGCGUUCCUGAUUGUCAUGUCCAUCAUACUCAUGAACUUGAUGGUGGGUUUGGCGGUCGAUGACAUCAAGGCUGUUCAAGAACAAGCUAUUCUGAAACGUUUAGCUAUGCAAGUGGAGCUUGUGCUAGACGUCGAGAGACUUCUUCCUAAUGUUUUCCUCCGAAAAGGGACCACUCAAAGAGAGACAAUUCAUAGGAAAAAACGCCAUUGGUGGAGUAUUUUCACGGAUGUAGUCUCGAGUCGAAGCAUAAUCAAAGAUGUGACAGGAUAUCGAAACAUUGUUGACAUUCAAGAUGUUUUAGACAAGCAAGAUGCCAUGGACGAUGCGAUGGGUUCCUUGAAGAGCGAAAUGCGCUCGAUUGCAGAGGAGAAUUCAAAAAUGAAGGAAAUUUUAAUCAGUCUAGCUGAGAGAAGUGGGAUAUCUGUCCAAGACGAUAGCGAAAAUUGACAAGUCCCGCCGACUCCUUGGUGUGUGACUUUUGAAAGUCCUUAUAGGUACUCAUAGUUCCAAUCAAUUUUUAUUAGCACCGAUUGUCAUAUCACAGAGUUGAAAUAUAAUGCUUUAUGUUGCUUGUGUAA